AGCAUUUACUAGUACAGAAGCAUAUUGGCGCAUAGACGUGGACUAAAAGCCAUUAAACUUUUUGAUUUCAUUAAAUAAAAUGAGACAUAAUGACAGAGAAAUACAAAUAUUGCACCACAAUUCGGGCGUUUACUUCCUCUUCUUGAUGGCAUUAUUAUAGAUGGCUUAACAGUUCUUUGAAAAUAAUUAGUACUCAUGACAAAUAAACUUAAUGCUUAGAGUAAGUGAUAAUAUCGCCCUAAAAUAAAAGAUUUACGCCUGCUUGUAUAGGCUGUCCUCCAAAUGAGCCUAGACGCUGGUCUGAAUUUCAUGGGGUUUGAGGUAAGAAUUUAAAAAUAGUGUCAGGACGAGACCGAGGCUGUCCUCAAAACCAAGUGCGCGCUCUACCUAGACACACGCUCACACGACUGUGACGCCGAACAAAUGCUGACUACAUAGACAGCACACAAGAUUUUGAGCCACGGCCCGAGAGUUUAUCCUCUUACGUAACUCAUACCACGGAUACACUGACUAAAACCCAUUUGAAAUGUCCCGUGUAAAGUCACGCGUGAAUUUAAAAUCAACUCUUUAAAUAAUUCUUUCAACAUGAUCUAUAGAUAAAGUUAAUAGUUAUUUCCUUGCGCGUGGUGAAUCGGAGCCAUCCAUCCCACAUUAAAUACUUCCGGGUAUUUCACUACACUCAGAUGUUGGUUUUGAGUGAAUCUUUUUUUCUUUAUAACAUCAGGCGACAUGGACGAGAGCGUCUUGAAGUGAGCGUUUUUUUCUUCUUCUUUGAUGCUCCACUGAUACUUGGUUGCUUUGUUUUAUCCAGCCAGAUGUGAGCGUUUGUUUGGCGAUGUCCAGAUGUUGAUCUCAAGCAGAUUGAUAAUCCCUGGGAUUAAACACCGCUGCUGUGUGAAGUGCUGUCUGGUGCAUUAACGUCCUCGCCAUGAAACGCAUCGUUUUCUUUCUGGCGUGUUUUUUCCUGACGGAAUGUUCAAGGAGACCCAUUAGGGAUGUCCUGGACGACGAGUACGACCAGCUCAGCUCAUUGCUGUCAGACUUUGAUGUUCUUCAGCUGUCCAGUCUUCAACAGCAUUCGGUUCGUAAGAGAGACGUCCAGUCGCAAACGCAUGCAGAAAGACUUCUCGGUUUCACUGCAUUACAGAGGCAUUUUAAAUUGUACCUGACAACCAACACAGAGCUCUUCACUCAUGACUUUAAGGCAGUGGUAGUAGAGGAUGGCGCUCAAGAGAUGUACGAGGUCCAGAGAGAAAACUUCUUCACUGGCCAUGUCAUUGGAGAGGAGAAUUCCAGAGUACAAGCACAUAUUGGUGACAAUGACUUCACUGCUCAUAUUCUCACUGAUGACUCGGAAUACAACAUCGAGCCACUGUGGAGGUUUAUGGAAAACCCUCGUGACGAUCGGCUGCUCGUAUAUCGCUCAGAAGACAUCAGGAAUGUGAGCCGGCUGGCAGCUCCAAAAGUGUGCGGCUACAUCAGUGCAGAUGCCAGUGAGAUGCUUCCAGAAAGUGUGCGAGCAGCCAGAGCACUAGAUGAAGAUGAAGAGGAGGAGGAGGAUGGGCACCUGAGAGAGAGAAGGCAGACGCUGGACCACAGUAAGAACACCUGCCCUCUGCUGCUUGUGGCCGACUAUCGUUUUUUCAAAUACAUGGGCCGUAAUGAGGAGAGCACCACCCUCAACUACCUGAUUGAGCUGAUUGAUCGUGUGGAUGACAUCUACCGUAAUACAUCUUGGGAUGAGGAGUUUAAAGGUUAUGGAGUUCAGAUUCAGCAGAUCAUAAUUAACAAGACACCCACACAAGUAGAGGCGGGAGGGGCCCACUUCAACAUGGAAGGGACUCCUGUGAAGAGCAAAAAUGUCUGGGACGUCAAGAAGCUCCUGGAGCAAUUUAGCAUUGACAUCGCAGAUAAUGCAUCCCAGGUGUGCUUGGCUCAUCUGUUCACAUAUCAGGAUUUUGAUGAAGGCACACUCGGCUUGGCGUACGUGGCUCCUUCCAAACCAGGCUUUCCUGGAGGUCUUUGCUCUGAGAAGUGUCCUCCUUCAGGAAAUGACAACCGUGCUAUAUACCUCAACACUGGACUAACCAGCACCCAAAAUUAUGGGAAAACCAUUCUUACCAAGGAAGCGGACUUGGUUACAACCCAUGAACUUGGCCACAACUUUGGUGCUGUUCAUGACCCAGAUGAUGUGCCAUACUGCGCGCCCAGAGAAGACCAGGGGGGCAGAUACGUAAUGUACCCCAUUGCAGUGAGCGGGGAUCACUCUAACAAUAAAUUGUUUUCAAACUGUAGUAAGAUCUCCAUAGCAAAGAGACUGAGGGCCAAGGCCUCCACCUGCUUCAGAGAGAGGAACAGCAAUGUGUGUGGAAACUCACGGGUGGAGGAAGGCGAGGAGUGUGAUCCCGGACUGCUCCACCUCAACAGCGACCGCUGCUGCACGUCAAACUGCAAACUGCAGCCCAAUGUGCAGUGCAGUGACAGGAACAGUGCAUGCUGCAAAGACUGCAUGUUUGAGAAGCAGGGCAAGGUGUGUCAGGAGCCGAUGAAUGCCACUUGCAAGGGUAGCUCUUACUGUACAGGACACAGCAAUGAGUGCCCUCCUCCAGAGAGCCUCCCCGAUGGGACCAUCUGUGUGGACAAUGGCCAGUGUCUGAACGGAGAGUGCAUCCCGUUCUGUGAAGCUGUGAAGAACUGGAAGUCGUGUGCAUGCAAUGAGACAAACGACUCUUGUAAGGUGUGCUGUAGGGAUAAGAAUGCUGUUUGUGCUCCUUAUAUGAAUCACAAGGGCAACCCCCUCUAUCUGCGGAAAGGCAAACCCUGCACUGUGGGCUUUUGUGAUGGAGCGGGCAAAUGCAUGAAACAAGUCCAGGAUGUUAUUGAGAGGUUGUGGGAUUUCAUUGAGAAGUUGGACAUCAAUACUUUUGGGAAGUUUCUGGCUGAUAACAUUGUUGGCUCAGUGGUGGUCUUCUCACUACUUUUCUGGAUCCCUCUCAGCAUUCUGGUCCAUUGUGUGGAUAAGAAACUUGACCAGCAGUAUGAGCUGAACACAAAAUCACUCUUCUACCCCAGUAAUGCAGAGCUCCUGAGCAGUCUAGAAUCCGCCUCAGUGCGGAUCUUCAAACCACCCACAUCCUCAGGCUCCUCUGCAGUGCCACGCUUCCAGGCGUCUGGACCUCUGCAGACCAGCACACCCCCUGUCUCCAUCUCUCAGGUGGCUCCAGAUCCAUCCCCAACCCCGUGUGCUCUCCCUACAACAGAGCCCCAACGCAUGGCCACCAUCCAAGAAGAUCCCAGCUAUGAUUCCCACCUGGAUGAACAAGCCCUGGGAGAAGACUUCCCUACUUCCGGCUCAGCGUCACGCUCCUUUGACGAUCUGACCGAGAACCGAGAGAAUGCCAUGUCCUUCGGGGUAAAGAGACAUGCACGGAGUAAUAGCAAGGAGACUGAAUGUUAAGUGCAAUUGUAUAAAUUAAUGGGAAAAAGAAAUGUGACUAUGAAUGAACAAUAUUCUAAGGGAAUAUGAUUGGAAAUGCUCAAAGUUGAGCAGAACAAGCAUUACAUAAGCAUUGAACUGCAAUGUGUGCUAACAGCACCAGUAUUGAAAAUAACCAGAAUGCAGUGCGUUUUAAAGGGAUAAUUUACUCAAAAAUGAACAUUUUAGGAUUUAUUCAUCCUCAUGUCGUUCCAAAGCUGAAUGACUUUGUUUUCUGGGGAGCUCAGAAGGAGAGAGUGUCUCAAUGUCUCGCUGGUCUUUUUCCCGAGAAAUUCACAAUAAAUAAGGAUGCAAAAGCAACACUGAAAUGUUUCAUAAGACUUGUGCACAAUAUACCAAGUCUUUUGAAACUUUAUGAUAGGAUUGUGUGAGGAACAGACUUUUUUCGGCUAUUAAAGAAGUUAUGAAAUCUAUUUUCUAAAUGCAUGUUAUUGAUAUAAUUUUCUUUUCUUUUUUUUAGCACCUCAUAAUUUGCUUUUUGAAACACACAUAUCUCCUGUGAUGUAUGCUGGACAUAUGCAUUCAGAUCUGCCUCUAUCCAUUCAACAAAUGAUGGAUAGAACCAAGUCCCCACCCUACUUUUUUGUUUCCAUUUCCAUUCACGUCCCCACUUCAGCUGUUGCAACUGGAUCAUUAAAUUGAGUUGAUCUUCAGUCCCAUUCAUGAACAUAGACUGGUUUUGUGCACCAGACUUACAAUAGUGAUUCAUUUACUGCUGCUUUGUUCAUGAAUACAACAUAUGAAUAUAGAUGACCAAUCUAAAAUUAUCUAAAUUUUGGUCUGUUCCUCCACAAAGCUAUCGCAUAGCCUUAAAACACUAUAGCACAUGUUGGGUCAAUCACCUUUCUGGGUUAACUAUCCCUUUAAGAGCACCAGACACAGAAGGCACAAAUCAUUCAGUAACUAGGCAUUAGAUAGGAACUCAAUGUUAUCAGUCCUGUUAGAAUUAUGCAGUAUGCACACUUAAUUACACACACACACACACACACAUACCGGAUCUCGGACUCAUCAGCGUUAUCUACACAUGACCAGCUUCAUUGUUAAAGCUUGACUGCCCAAUACUAAGACGUUUUCAUGUCUGUUUUUGUCUAGGAGGUUGCUAACAGAUCAAGAGAAGCAUUAUGUUAUGAAUACACCUGUUGUAUUUUACUUGAUAUUUUAUGUGUAUGUGCUCUGACGCUCACCAGCAAAUUGUUUUGUAUUCUCUGUAGAACACAAUCUUCUGUUCUUGCUUUUAAUUGUUUGCAAAAGACAAUCUGACAUUUUCGGGGAAUUUGAUAUUUUCAGAUAUUGUCUCUUCUUUCUGUUGUUCUGGAAACAGUUGUACCAGCAGGUCUUGUAGAUAUUUGGUAAAUAGGAAAGUUUUUGGCUCAUUGGCUUUAUAUGAAACACCAAAGUCAUUAGUUAAAUCAAAAGACAAGACAAGUUAGACAAUGUUCAUGAUUGUAUGCAAGAAUAUGUAUCUUGCAGCGGCUCCCAUAAGAAUGUUCUGAUGAACACUGCUUUGAGAUCAGCAUCCAAAGUGCCUUGUAUUUUAUUUUAUUUUUUAUUUGUAUUGUGAAAUCUUAGUUUAACUCUGUGUUUUGUAAUAUAAUCUACAGGAAAACUCAAAAAGGGAGUAUGGCAAUGUCAUUUAUAGAUGGCUGUACAGUCACCUUCGAAUCUUAUUCAGCAAUGUAAUUGGGAAUGUAUUGGUGCUAAUCUUGUAGAAUACCAAGCAUACUAGUGUCAUUUCUAAGUACUAGAUCUUAUUACAUCAUCCAACCCUGAAAGCGUGCUAUAUUUGUUAUUCUCUGGUGUCAAAUCCUGUGAAACCAUUUUUUUGAUGUUAAGAAAUGUGCCCAUAAUACUCCGACUGCAUGGUUCCUCACAAUGUGGUGAUGGCACAAGAGAGAAAGUAUUGAAUAUUAAGACAGUGUUUUGUAUCAGUGUGUUAGAUAUUUGUAUAACUUGGUAUAUUUUGCAAGCCUUCAUUUUUAAAUAAAGUGUCACCCUCAAGUUGUACUGAAAUGUAA